AUGGAAUAUACUAUUAAGGAUAUGAGUGGAUUCCUCUUAAACAAGUAAACCUACUCCUAUUCCCUAGAUAAUAUAAGCUUAUCAAAAAACUAGGAGCAGGAGCAUUUGGUGAAAUCUAUUCAGCCACAGCCAAUGGAUUAGAUUAUGCAAUCAAAAUUGAACGAUCUGACACUAAAUAUCCUCAAUUGUUAUUUGAAUCCAAACUAUAUUAAUAUCUAAACAAUUCACCUAUUAUUGGCAUACCAAAAUAUUAUGGAUAUUACUAAUAAGAUUCAUAUAAUUUCUUAGUUAUGGAACAGUUAGGCAAAAGUCUUGAAGACAUUUUCACAGACAAUAAUCGCAUCUUUUCAUUACAAUCAGUCACUGUACUAGCACUCUAAAUGUUAGAAUGUAUUGAAUUUUUACAUAGUAAAUAAUUCUUACACAGAGACAUUAAACCAGAUAAUUUUUUAUUGGGUAAAUCACAUAAAGACAGAGUCUAUAUAGUUGAUUAUGGAUUGGCUAAAAAGUAUAUCAAUAAAGAUAAUCAUAUUCCCUAUAAAGAUAAUAAAGCUUUGACUGGAACUGCUAGAUAUGCUUCUAUUAAUACUCAUUUAGGGAUUGAAUAAUCUAGAAGAGAUGAUUUAGAAUCUCUUGGAUAUGUAAUAAUGUACUUCUUAAGAGGUACAUUACCAUGGUAAAAUUUAAGAGCUAAUACUUAAAAAGAUAAAUAUGAUAGAAUUAUGGAAAAGAAAUUAGCAACAUCUAGUGAAACUUUAUGUAAGAAUCAUCCCAAAUAAUUAUUACAUUAUAUUGAAUAUACUAAGAAUCUUAAAUUUGAUGAAAAUCCAGAUUACAAUUAUUUAAAAAAUCUAUUCAUGUCUAUAAUGAAAGAAUAUGAAUUAAGAAUAGAAUACAUAUAUGAUUGGGAUGAUGAAGAUACUCAUCGUGAUAAAAUACUAUUAAAGAAUUAACCAUAAUAAUAAUAAUAAGAUUAAUAAUAAAGUAAUAAUCUAAUUAAGAACAUUAAUUAUUCAUAAUAUAAUAAUAAUAGAUAAUCUGUUAUGAAAACGAAAACAUCAUCUAUACAUUCCAUAAAUAAGGUUCCAGUACUCAAAAUACAAUAAAACCUUAAUACAUAAAAUAGUUAAAAUUAUACUAAAAAAAAUCCUAUUGAUAAUAAAGUUAAAUCAAUUAUCAAAAAACAUUCAAGUCUACAUUAUAACUGA